AUGAUUCUCACCACCCCGCGCACUCUUAUCCUCAGGUCCAAGGAAGCCACCCUACGCGAACUCUUGGUCGAUGUCGCACAGGAAAUCGAUCGUGACAAGCCCGGCAGAGACCGCAUGGUUUUACGCUUUGUCGGCGGUUGGGUCCGCGACAGGCUCCUAGGGCUCCAAAGCGUGGACAUCGACGUGGGGAUAGACAAUAUGACUGGGUACGAGUUUGCAACUCGACUGGACAGAUCAAGAGCAACCCCGAAAGGUCCAAGCAUCUGGAGACUGCUAUUUGGGAGACUGAAGGUGAGACAUAACAAGACGCCUUUGGCCGCGACUGCACCAUCAAUGCCCUCUUUUACAACCUACACACUGAACUGGAUGCGGCUCUGCUUGUUGUCUGAAAAGAGAAAAAAGAAAGAAAAAGGCGCAAAAAUUUCUUGUUUACAUGUCAAUUUACCGAGCAUUCCCAGAGUCUCCCUCCACUGCAUUCUCAUAACUGCAAUGAUACUCCGUCGCCUCCGCACCCCCGCACUGCGGAGCCCUUCCACCUCGGUGCCACGAAGGUUUUACUCAGAAUUGUUACAGACGAAAUUUGGACAGCCGAGCUUCGAGACACACCCCUGGUCGCUCAAGGCCGGCGAGGUUACACCCGGAAUCUCAGCACUUGAGUACGCCACGCGUAGAGCAAAGCUUGCAUCCGAACUUCCUGACGGCGCCGUAGCGGUUGUGCCAGCCGCAUAUGUCAAGUAUCGUUCCAGACCGGUGUUUUACCCCUUUCACCAGAACCCGGAUUUUCUCUACCUGACGGGCUUUCUGGAACCGGAGGCUCUAUGUGUUAUCGAAAAGACGGGGCCGGUCGGGGGUGGUGAACAUACUUUUCAUCUGUUUGUUCGGGGGAAAGACAGCCAUGCUGAGUUAUGGGAUGGACCGAGGUCUGGGGUUCAGGCUGCUUUGGAUGUGUUUAAUGCAGAUGAGGCGGGAGAUAUCAAACAUGCUGAACACCAUUUACGGCCUAUACUUAAACGCGCGAGCACUAUAUAUGCGGAUACUAUCUCACUAACUGAAAAGCCUUCCGGAUUUGCAAGUUUGAUUACUCCGCCGCCAGCAGCUGCACCGGGAUCUUUGGUACAGAUACUUCGAGAUAGGGGGGUCCUGCCGUUAAAGUACUUUAUGCACAAGUUACGGGUUUCCAAAAGCGAUGCGGAGGUAGCAAACAUGCGGAAGGCGGGACAGAUAUCUGGAAGAGCGUUCAAUAAGGCUAUUGCUACGAAGGAACGGUUUACGAUGGAGCGUGAUCUCUGGGCGUUCCUGGAAUACAAGUUUCGGAUGGGUGGUUGUGAGAAGGAGGCGUAUGUACCCGUUAUCGCGGGUGGGCAGAAUUCGUUGCACAUUCAUUAUACUAGAAACGACGACAAAUUAGGGUUUGUUCUACUGUGUCAACUUGUUUCACCCGUUCUAAAAGAUUAUAGGGAAUCCGACCUUGUUCUUGUGGAUGCCGGUGGACAAUACGGUGGCUACGUAACGGAUAUAACUCGCACUUGGCCCGUCUCCGGAACCUUCACCCCGGCGCAAAGGGAUCUCUACCAAGCCGUCCUGAAUGUGCAAAAGCGAUGUGUAUCCCUCUGUUGUGAGAGCACCUGCAUAUCGCUCGACGAAAUCCACGAGGUAUCAGAGAUGGAGCUGAUAUCCGAGCUAAAAAGUCUCGGUUUCGACCUGACCUCCUCUCAAUUAUGCAAUGUGUUGUUUCCGCAUCAUGUGGGACACUACGUCGGGUUGGAUAUUCACGAUUGCGGAAGUUACUCCAAGAGCAGGAAAUUGCAGGCUGGGCAGUGUGUUACUGUUGAACCAGGUGUGUACGUCCCGAACGACUUGCAAUGGCCAAAACACUUCCGGGGCAUGGGAAUACGAAUUGAAGAUACUGUUUGCGUGGGCGAUGAAGGGCCGGUGGUGCUAAGCGUUGAAGCCGUAAAAGAGGUUAAUAAUCACCUCCGUCUUCCCCUCCUGCUUUCGCGCACCCAACCUUUAUGCAGUCGCAAAUCACUUGCCUAA